AUGGCUUCCCCUGCUCCCACCCCGCAGGCGAAUGGCCAUCUUAAUGGCAAUGCUCUUCCCACCAGACCAGCCCCCAAGCUCUACGGCAGCAAUGAUGGCUCUCAGUCUGGCGCGGGAACCCCAAUUGGUUUCCAGAGAUACCCCCACAAUAAGCUCCUCGAUCUUGCAGCGGGAUCAACGGUGCGCCAUCCUUCCCCCCAGCCCACUCAUCUGGGAAUCCCCGGUACUCCUCAGCACCGGGUUCUCUCCGAGGAGGAUCCGGGCUACAUUGCUGCCAAAUUCGAGGGCAAACAAAAGCAGAUGGAACAAGGUGAGCAUGGGCAAUUAUGGUCCCUUUUAUGUUUGCACAACAGCUUUCAGACUGCUAACUCCGCAUUGUUUGAAAUAGUCAUGGAUCAAUUAGAAGAGAAGGGCUUCUUCCCCAGUGAUUUUGUCGUCUCCGAAACCGCUUGGUUCUACAACAUGCUCGGUAUCGACGACACAUACUUCCAAACCGAGUCCGUCGAUGCCAUUGUCACCCAGAUCCUGUCCCUGUAUGCUGCCAAGGUAGCAGCAUACGCUCGAGACGAUAAGAAGCUCGAAAUCAGACUGGACAAGGAGGCGGAAGAUCACGCUGUUUACAUUGAUACCAGCAAGCCUGGCGUUUCCUCCGUCGAUGGACCCCUGUAUGAACAGAGGAUCGACAAGAAGUACAUCAGCAACUCGACGCCGGAGAACAGCUACAGAGUCGAGACCUUCCGUUCGCCCACCCCACUCCCCGGAGACAACGAGCAGCAGCUCCGAUGCUACUUUGUCUACAAGUGUCAAUUCGCGAACCCCAACCCUGAUCCCAACGAGACAAACAUUGAAAUCAUCGGUGAGAAGAGAUUCCUGCAAAAGGCCACGGAAAACACCAAGGCCAUCUACCAGGAACUCAUUAGCAAUGCUGUCAGCCGGGCCGGUCCCGUUAUCGAAAUGUUCGAAAUUGAAGGCAGCCGCGAAAAGAGACUGGUGAUUGCGUAUCGCCAGGGAUCUGCCAUGGGUUUGUUCAGUGCGCUUUCCGACUUGUAUCACUACUACCGCUUGACUAGCUCUCGGAAGUACCUGGAGAACUUUUCGAACGGAAUCACGGUCAUCUCUCUCUAUCUGCGCCCCCUGAAGAAUGCAGAAAUCUCCGCCAAGUACCCUCCCAUUGAGGCAGCAAUCCACCAGAUCAUUAAGGAAACCUCUCUUCUGUACUGCAUCCCCCAGAACCGUUUCCAGCACCACUUCGCCGUUGGACGGCUCAGUUUGCAGGAGACCAUCUAUGCUCACUGCGCAUGGGUGUUCGUGCAGCAAUUCCUGAACCGUCUGGGCUCGGAGUACACCUCGUUGACUGCCGUCCUCGACACCAAUAACAGUGUCCACGCAGAGCUGCUCUCGAAGAUUAAGAAGAGACUGCGUACCGAGACCUUCACCUCUGACUACAUCUUCGAAAUCAUCAGCAACUAUCCCGAGCUGAUCCACAAGCUUUAUCUGGACUUUGCCAACACCCAUUAUGUCCAAACUCGUGGCCCUGCCGAAGAUGACUUCCUCCCCACGCUCAGUUAUCUGCGCCUCCAGGUAGACGAUGUCCUGGAUGACGCGAAGCUGAAGCAGCUCAUUUCCAGUACUGUGGCCAAUGAGCACGAUGAGAUGGUCAUGAGCGCCUUCCGGGUGUUCAACACCUCCAUUCUGAAGACCAACUUCUUCACCCCGACCAAGGUGGCCCUCAGCUUCCGGCUGAAUCCUGAUUUCUUGCCGGAGCAUGAGUACCCGCAGCGUUUGUAUGGCAUGUUCCUCGUCAUCAGUUCCGAAUUCCGCGGUUUCCAUCUGCGCUUCCGCGAUAUUGCUCGAGGUGGUAUUCGUAUCGUCAAGAGCCGGAACAAGGAAGCCUACAGCAUCAAUGCUCGCUCCCUGUUCGACGAGAACUAUAACUUGGCCAACACCCAGCAGCGCAAGAACAAAGAUAUCCCCGAAGGCGGCGCUAAGGGUGUCAUUUUGCUGGAUGUUGCCCAUCAGGACAAAGCUCGUGUUGCGUUCGAGAAGUACAUUGACAGCAUCCUGGAUCUUUUGCUACCACCGGUUAGCCCGGGUAUCAAGGACCCAAUUGUGGAUUUGCAUGGCAAGGAUGAGAUUCUUUUCAUGGGUCCUGACGAGAAUACGGCCGAACUGGUUGACUGGGCUACGGAGCACGCUCGGAACCGAGGUGCUCCCUGGUGGAAGUCCUUCUUCACCGGCAAGAGCCCCAAGCUGGGUGGUAUCCCCCACGAUGCUUACGGUAUGACCACACUGUCGGUCCGCCAGUAUGUCCUCGGUAUCUACCGCAAACUUGGCAUCGAUCCUUCCACCAUGCGGAAGUUGCAGACCGGUGGCCCCGACGGCGAUUUGGGUUCCAACGAAAUCCUCCUUGCCAACGAAAAGUACUCGGCCAUUGUUGAUGGAUCCGGUGUCAUUGUUGAUCCUCAAGGUUUGGAUCACCAGGAGUUGAUUCGGCUUGCCAAGAAGCGUGUCACCAUCUCGGAAUUCGACCUGUCGAAACUAUCUCCGGAGGGCUACCGUGUUUUGGUGGAUGAGAGCAAUGUCAAGCUUCCCAAUGGCGAGGUCGUGCACAAUGGAAUGAUCUUCCGCAACACGUUCCAUCUGCGUUCCGAUCAGCAGUAUGAUGUCUUCGUCCCCUGCGGUGGACGUCCUGAAUCCAUCGAUUUGUCCACAGUUGGAAAGCUCAUUCAGAAUGGAAAGUCCAUCAUCCCAUACAUUGUCGAGGGUGCCAAUCUGUUUAUCACGCAGGACAGCAAGCUGCGACUCGAGCGGGCCGGAUGUAUCUUGUUCAAGGAUGCAUCUGCUAACAAGGGUGGUGUGACAUCAUCGUCGCUCGAAGUGCUAGCUUCGCUCUCAUUCGAUGACAAGGAGUUUGUUGAGAACAUGUGCAUCCGUGAGGAUGGUACCGUGCCAUCCUUCUACAGCGCCUACGUCAAACAAGUACAGGAGAUCAUCAAGUCAAACGCCACUCUUGAGUUUGAGGCGAUCUGGCGCGAGCAUGAGCAGACCGGUGCUCUUCGCAGUGUGCUGAGUGACCGGCUUAGCAUCGCGAUUACGCAGCUGGAUGAAGAACUGCAGAAGACCGAACUGUGGGAUAACGUCGAGCUUCGCCGAUCCGUGCUGAGUGAUGCACUUCCCAACCUUCUCCUGGAGAAAAUCGGCCUGGAUACUAUCCUUCAGCGGGUUCCGGAAAACUACCUGCGGGCUAUCUUCGGCAGCUACCUUGCCAGCCGAUUUGUUUACCAAUUCGGCAGCAAUCCUAGCCAGUUCUCCUUCUUUGACUUCAUGACUCAAAGACUUGCCGCAACCAAGCAGGCGUAA